GGCGGCGGCGGCGGCGGCGGCGGCCCAGUGCGCUUGCGCGCCCCUUCAGCGACUCCCGGCGCCGUUCCAGUCAUCUCGGCCCGGCGGCCGCACGGCUCCAGCGAGGUUCGGGCUCCCGCCGCCGCCGCCGCCCCUACGGCCCGCCAUGGGCUCCUGAGGCUUGCGUCCCGCUCCAGGGCUUCCCCAGGGGGAGCCGCCGCCAGAAAGCACCAUGAUGGUGACCCAGGCCGUGCUGGCCCCCGAGCCGGCCUCCCCCCCUACCACUGCCGCCCCUCCCAGCUUCUCCUGGGUCCCCGAAGGCAGCCCAACUGCUGUGGAGCAGCCCAUCUUCCUGAUGACCACCGCCGCCCAGGCCAUCUCUGGCUUCUUUGUGUGGACGGCCCUGCUCAUCACCGGCCACCAGAUCUACCGGCACCUGCGCUGCUACAGCUGCCCCAACGAGCAGCGCUACAUCGUCCGCAUCCUCUUCAUCGUGCCCAUCUAUGCCUUCGACUCCUGGCUCAGCCUUCUCUUCUUCACCAACGACCAGUACUACGUGUACUUUGGCACUGUGCGGGACUGCUAUGAGGCUUUUGUCAUCUACAACUUUCUGAGUCUCUGUUACGAGUACCUCGGAGGGGAAAGUGCCAUCAUGUCCGAGAUCCGAGGGAAAUCCAUCGAGUCAAGCUGCGUGUAUGGAACCUGCUGCCUCUGGGGGAAGACGUACUCUAUUGGCUUCCUCAGGUUCUGUAAACAGGCCACCCUGCAGUUCUGUGUGGUGAAGCCCCUCAUGGCCAUCAGCACGGUGAUCCUGCAGGCCUUCGGGAAGUACCGGGACGGCGACUUCGACGUUACCAGCGGCUACCUCUAUGUGACCAUCAUCUACAACAUCUCGGUCAGCCUGGCCCUCUACGCCCUUUUCCUCUUCUACUUUGCCACCCGGGAGCUGCUCAGCCCCUACAGCCCCGUCCUCAAGUUCUUCAUGGUCAAGUCUGUGAUCUUCCUCUCCUUCUGGCAAGGCAUGCUGCUGGCCAUCCUGGAGAAGUGCGGAGCCAUCCCCAAGAUCCACUCGGCGGAGGUGUCGGUGGGGGAGGGCACCGUGGCCGCCGGCUACCAGGACUUCAUCAUCUGCGUGGAGAUGUUCUUUGCCUCCCUGGCGCUGCGCCACGCCUUCACCUACAGGGUCUAUGCGGACAAGAGGCUCGAUGCCCAAGUGCCGGCGUACGGCCCCUACGGCCGCUGCGCACCCAUGAAGAGCAUCUCCAGCAGCCUCAAGGAGACCAUGAACCCCCACGACAUCGUGCAGGAUGCCAUCCACAACUUCUCCCCGGCCUACCAGCAGUACACGCAGCAGUCCACGCUGGAGCACGGCCCCUCCUGGAGGACCGGCGCCCACGUGCUGGCCCGCUCCCACAGCCUGGGCGGCGGCGCCCGCGACAACGAGAAGACCCUCCUGCUGAGCUCCGACGACGAGUUCUAGGGGCCGUGGGCGCGGGCUGGGAGGGGCCGCGCUGGAAAUUGGCGAGCGCGGCCUUGGGGCCUCCCCUUAAUUUAUUAAACCAGAGACAUGAGUCACGGCGCUUCCCGGACGGGCCCGGCCUUGCCCACGAGGCUUCUGAGCGACAAGCCAGGCGCCCUCUGGAAGUGGGGACGGGGACCCUGGGAGAGAGAGCAGGCUGAGCACGUGGCUUGGGAGCCCCCUCUGGCCGGCCCCGGCCAUUCCAGGCCGUUCCAGGCCCAGCGAUAUCUGACCUGGAGGAUGGGGGGGGGGGGGCACAAGCCCCUCCCACCCUCUCCCCCAGCCCACGUUCUCCCUUGGAGCUGGCGCCGAGCCAGGCCCCCGGGCCCAGGGAUGGGACAAGGUGCAGCCCAGCUCCCCACCUAAUUGUGCAAUACAGCCCUCCUUCCUGCUCCCUUUGUCCGGGUGGGGGAGCUCAGCCUCGCUCCGGAGAGGGAAGUCGGGAAGACGCGGGACCCCUCUCUGUUCCUCACCACAUUGACAUGUGGGGCAGAGCUGCUGCACCCGGCCCGUGCUCCCUCCCUGGGGGACCAUCGUUCCCAUGGAAACCACAGACCCUCCCCCCCAGAUGUGGGGAGGAGAACGCCUCAGGGCAGAGGUGGGGGCCCUAGGGCCGCCCUCCUGCAUCUCAGCCCGGUCUCCCACCCGACUACUCCCAGCAGCCUCCCUGCUAGCCUCAGAGCGCUGGGGGGGAGAGAGCAGUGAGGGGAGGGAAGAAAGCUUGAGGAUAGAAGGGUCCGGCCCAACCCUCCCGUCUCCUGGCCUGGCAGGGCUCUGGGAACUGCCUCCCCCAGAAGCCCCGAAUCUCGUGUGCCUUAAUUUCUCUGCAGUUCUGUUCCCCUCCCCCCCCCCCCCCCCCCCCCCCCCCCCCCGCCAGGUGUGUCCACCUUGUUCCAGCCCCGACCGGGAGCCAGCUGCUACCUGGAUGUCUGCCGCUAGGCUACAGGGGGAGGGGAGGCAGCCGGUGUCAGGACGCCCCCUCCUCACCCAUACUGCCACCUCCCCCAUCCCCCCAUCCCUACCUUGGGGCCCUUUCUAGACAAGGAGGCAGGAAUGGGCAGUCAAGGCUGAAUGAGCAGAUCUCUUGUAAUUAGUAAAUCAGAACUCUGAAAUGCAUGAAACUCUCCCCCCUUCACCCCCCAUCACCCCCUGGCCUUUUGGGGAGAGGGCUGUCGGGAGCCCCUAGUUAGGUGGACUUCCCGUACCUGCAGGAGGGCCCCAUGUUAGGGCCUCCCCCGGGGACAGACGAGGACAGGGAGGCCUAUUGAGAUCUUCCCCCAGAUGUCUUCCUGGCCCCUUGGGCGAGGGCAAGGACAAGAAACUCCAUGAGGUGGACCCUGCGGGCCGUUGGCUCCGUGGGGGACGGGGGGCAGGGAGGAAGAGCUUGACCUUUCUCCUUGGGCUCCCAGCAGUGAUUCCAAAAGGAACUCCCCGACUUCCCCUGGUGGCGCUGGGUUCUCUCCUCCUGCCCCCCCUCCCCACCCCCCAUCGGUGUGGGCUUUAGCCACCGCCCCCAUCGAGAAGGCCGGGCAUCUGCCCACUGUCUUCCUCCCUCUUCCACCAUCCCCCCACCACGGCCUCUCCCUCUGCAAGCCUUUUGGGCCAAAGUAGCGGUCGCUGCCCCUUGCUCGCAAAGGCCCGGAGCCUCUCGGGGCAGCGGGUUGGGGGGGCUCCUCCCCCCUGCUCUUUUUCUGUGUAAUUCCCUCCCUGCCCUUUUUGUAUGAUUAUUAUUUUCAGGUAGAGUAGCUCUUUGUACAUAAAGAAGACUCGCGCCCUUCGCCGUCUGCUCCACGAGAAGUCAGGGCCUCCUAGUUUUGUACGUAGGUAGGAUUGCCACGGCUCCCCCAGAAAGCAGCUCUCUCUAUUUUGGUCUCUGUGAUAUUUUCAAGGUGCCGGGACAGGAGCAAGCCGACAAGCUGAGAGAUUAUCUAUCUAUCUAUCUAUAUAUAUAUAUGAGAUAAUAUAGAUUGUACUGAAAUCA